UCAUGCGAGCUCAGUCUAGUGGUGGUGUGUGUCCCGUGUGCUUCGUUGCGCGUCAUAGUCCAGCCGUUCUCUGCGCCUUGCAACAGAAUUCCGAUUCGCCAAUCGAUUUCCGUGAUUAUUUUCGACGGUACUCGAAUCAGUGACGAUGAAAGCUAUUUAUGUAGUGUGCGCGUUGCUGUGCGUAACAGUCAACACGCUGGUGCUGGCCAAUGGUGCAAUAGAAAAGACGGCACAAGUUCUAAAUGGACAACAUGAUGAAAAAAUUAAUACAACCACUGCUAUACCUAAUUCAACCACGAUUACUACUCAUUCAACCACGAAUUCAUCUACUACCGUUACUACUACUACUCCUCUGAGUACGAUUACUACCGCCAGUACUCCGAGUACUAUUCCGACCACUAAGAGCAGUACUACUACUACUUCGACUACUACUUCGACUACUAUCACUACUCCUACUCCUGCUCCAACACCUGCGAAUAAAACUACCAGUACAUCGGUAACUCCGCCGUCUACCAGUAUAAUUACACCCAAUAGCAGCACAACCGCGCCGCAAACGACGCCUGUACCAUCUACAAAACCAUCUACCAAAGAUCGUCAUUUCGACGGUUUGAGCUUCUUUGGUGGCAUUAUCCUUGCUACGUGUUUGAUGGCAAUUUCCGUGUUCGCGUGGAAGUUCUACAAACAAUGCAACGAAGGGAACUAUCGUACACUGUGAUAACGUGCGAGGCUAUAACUAUAAACUUUCGACAGUUGACAACUAAAUAUAGUUAACUGAACUAAGAACUACGAAUAAUUAUUUUAUUGUAAUAAUAUUGCGUAUUUUUAUAACGCAGUUAAGUGUUGCGUGGUUUAAGUGCUCUUAGUAAUGUGAUGUGCAACCACGAGUUCCGUUUUUCUCGAUAUAUAUAUAUAUAUAGUAUACACACACACAUAUAUAUAUACACACAUACAUACACACACACACAAUAUAUUUACAGAGAGUAAAAUGUCACAUAUUAAGAACGACACUGGUCGUGUUUGUACGCGCGUUUUAUUAGCAAAGGAAAGAUAGUGGAGAGUUUGCGAGAUAGUAGAAGGCAAGGGUGAAAAGGGAAUGAAAUUACAAGAGAAUGGGAGGAAACUGGACGUAUUAAAGAACGUCUUACAGUUAGUGACCAAUCAAAUGUACAUUUCCAUAAGGGAGGAAGAAUGAGAGAUUGAGUUCUGCAAACGUGCGCUAUCCCACUUUUUAUUAUUUCUGCUGGAACUCGAUAGUACUUUCACGGAUAAGGCUUGUAUCAGCAAUCUGCAUCGGAGCGCUGUGUAUAUACCUCGUGGUUAGAGUUACGUAAGAUUAGACUUUUCUACGAUAUGGUAGAAGAAGAGAAAAGGAGGAGAAAGUGUUUGACUCAAGAAGCGAACGGCGCAGCGCGCGCUCUCAGCAAUUUCCCAGCUAACGUCGCCGUGACAUGUCGGUUCGUGAACAAAACUCACGAGAUUUUCCGAUUGCAGCCGGUUAAACGUCGGCGGUGUCGCGCGACAAUAAAUAACGACAUCGGUUCGAGAUGCGUUAAGAACGCGAUGUCCAUAGUACAUGGUGUAACGAGUUAACAUCCGCGUGUUAUCGAGAUGAUAAGACUGUACGGUACGGUCACACGAUGGGUGCGAGCUGAUAACUCCCUCCUUCGGUACGCGCUCGCCGAUGCCUUUAGUCGCCGUCGUUCGUUGUACUAUAUCUUCCCAGUGAAAAACGCGUUUACUACGGCUCAACACGUGGAUAAUCAACCGUUAAGGAUUUGGUAUUACGUUAAUUGGAGCGAACAUUAAUUUUUUUGUACUUAGAGAUAUUACGCAAGAUUUACGAGAUCUCUCAAUGACAUAAUAUCAUAUAUCGAUAUAAUAUUUUCCGUUUAUUUUUUCUUUGAUCAGAUAACUUGGUUCUAUCUCUGAGUAGAUUGAAGUAUUGGUUGUACACGCGGUUAUUUAUUUUUGCGUUGUAAUCACAAUUGUCGGCGUCCUAGAACUCUGCGGAUAGAAAGCCUAAAAGCGUGCUUAUGGAGCAGUUCCUUUCUCACACUUUCGCCUGAAACACGAGUCUAACUAGGGAUAAGAUUAACUAAUUUAAGGUAAACGUUCUUUACUUUGGCUUAUUUCUUUUUUUUUUUUUGUUUUUUCUUUUUACAGAGAGAUGUAUCACCACAAUUGAUUACCGUAUAUUUGAUAGCGAAUGUUAUUUUAAGUGUAAUAUAGUGUUAUAUAAUGUUGAGUAAUCCUUACGAAGUGAUUUUGUAAGCGUUACGUGUUUCUUAUAAAAAGAAAAACAAGGGAAAAAAACAAAAACAUUACAUGUUAUAUUAACUCUAUUCACGUUUCGUGCAAUAUUCGUGUAACAUUUUAAUUUCCUCAAUUUAUGUUAAAGUUGCGUCACAUUGGUACAACAUUGAAUGACCAAAGACAGAA